UUAACUUGUCUUUUACAGUACAUUUAGCAUCAUGGCAAUAUACGUCAUCUGUCAAACUCACAGGCGUCUUGUAGAUUCCAAAAUGCCAUUGUGAUCGGUGGUUGUGAUUUUUUGGUGAUAGUUUUUAGGUUUGGUGAUUCAAACAAGUAAAGACAGUGCAAAAAACAAUGUACUUUUAAUACACCGUGAUAAUUAAAGUUGUCAUUAGGUCAAACCAUAGAAAAUAUUGAUUUUAUAGGAUGAUAUUCCAGAAAAAUUGUUGAAUUAAUAAGUUAAAUUAUUAAAUCUUAAAAAUGAAUUCCUCCAAUGUUUUGGAGGAUAACCCGGGGGCAGCUAUAGAGAAUUUGUACCCAGCUUUAACAGAAUGUUUUGUUAUUAUAAUAUGCGGAUAUUUUGCUGGUCGUAUGAACCUAAUCUCUGAAACUGAAGCCAAAGGAAUAAACACAUUUGUAGGGACUUUUUCGUUACCAUCCCUUAUUUUCAUGUCAUUGGCUAAACUGGAUUUAUCAUGUGUUAACUGGUUAUUUCUAUUAUCAAUUUUGGUUUCAAAAAGUAUAGUAUUUUUUUCUGUGACCAUACUAACAUUAUUGGUAUCAAGACCAUUUAAUUUGGGACGAGCUGGAAUUUUUGCAAUUUUUUGCACACAGAGUAAUGAUUUUGCUAUUGGAUACCCCAUUGUUGAGGCUCUAUACAAAUCUACUCACCCUGAAUAUGCAAGUUAUUUAUAUUUAAUGGCGCCUAUAUCAUUGGCAAUUCUAAACCCAAUAUCUUUUGUUUUAAUGGAAAUAAAUAAAAGAAAUUCUAACAAUGACCCAGAACAACUUUUAAUAGAUGAUGGAGAGAUACAAACCCCAAGUUCUGUGCACAAAAAAAGAUUAAAAAUGAUUGUGACGGUUGCAAAGAACAUAUUUUUAAACCCUAUUAUUUUAAUGACAAUUUUGGGGAUAUUGGGGAAUCUAAUUUUUAAGCACAAUGUUCCAUGCUAUUUGGGUGGAGUUUUGGAGGUAUUAGGUUCAGCUUUUUCAGCAAGCGCGCUAUUUUUACUUGGUCUUAGAAUGGUAGGAAAAGUUCACAAAUUACGUGGUGCUACCCUGGUUGUACCUGGUAUUUUAAUAAUGGUGAAAUUAAUUGUUUUACCCUUGGUCACCAGAGAAGUAAUAAGUUUAGUAAAUGCUGGGUAUAAUAAAACUGAAACUUUGGAUCUAAGUACCUAUGGAUUUUUAUAUGGUACAUUCCCCAGUGCACCCACCGUUUUUGUGUUUUCAACGCAAUAUUCCAUAGACGUAGAUCUGAUUGCCAGUGCCAUGGUGGCUUGUACUUUUAUCAGCGCCCCUUUGAUGUUUGUAUCUGCAAAAAUGAUAACAAUUACAAAUGCUAGCCCUUCGGAUUAUAUAAAACAACUAGAUGCUUUUACAUUCGACAUAAGCAUUAUAGGCAUCAUAGCUUGUUGUUGGGUUAUUUUCGUUUUUUCUUUGACGAAAAAAAUAUGCAGAAUUCCACACAAAAUUACCACUUGUCUUAUUAUAUCACAGCUUGUAAGUUGCUUAGGAGCUAUUCUAUGGAAUACUUUGAAUGAAAAACAAGGUUGGGCAGGUUAUAUCCAAUUCUCUCUAUUUACUGUAGGUGUUUACAGUACCAGACUAUGGACAGCAAUCUUAGCUAUAACCUUACUAUUUUUACAAUGCAGAAGUCUAUGUUUUGUGCUCAAAUUACAGCCUAUUUUUUUCUCAGUGGGAUGGGGUGUACCUAUAAUGGCUUCUAUACUUAUUCUACUCUUUGAUAAAAAAGAAAAAGUUCCUUUUGACAAAAUGAACCCAAAUUUCGUCUAUGGUGUAACACAAGCUGUCAUAGCAGUAUCUUUACUAGUGCUAUGUUUCAUAGUCACUGUGGGUUGCCUAGUCUUACAUCAACGCAUGCGCAGACGUUUUUCAAGGUACCUGGACCUCAGCAAUGAAGUCAAUGACAUUCUCUCUGAAAACCAGAUUACUCCUGAAGCUGAAACUACCAAUAUAGCAGCUAGUCCAUCAUCAACUUGUUAUGGUAAAAAUCACACGUGCACCGGGUUGCCUACCAUAACCGAAACAUGUUGCGAGGAAAGCCCUGUAGUCGAUAUAGAGGAUCUUUUAGGAAAGGAACCAACUGCAGCCACCAUCAUGGAGACUAUGGAUGAAAAUAGUCCAAAUGGGGAGGGCUUAUGCCCAUCCCGUUUUGGUUGCCAAGGUCCGACUAGAGAGCAAUGUCAUGGUAUAGUUAGGCAAUAUCAACAACAAAUCGACGAGGAUUUGAUGUUGAUAGAGGAGGAACCUGAAUCACACGAGCCGCAAAUAUUGCGACACACUGUCUUGUUAAUUUUACUUCUUUGCUCUAUGUUUGUGGGUUUAUCCUUGUCAAUUUGGACCCUAGUCAUGGAACAAAUGUCCGGAAUAUACAUAGAACUGUCAUUCUUAGACGCUACGUUAAAUUUUGGACAAAGUAUUCUAAUAUUCGCUAUUUUUGGUCUUGAUACCAAAGAAAUAGUUUUGCCAGUAUUAAAAUUCUGGAGAAAAAUAUGGUAUGGUGCAAGCACUUUAACUCUACCCACGUGGGACGAGUUAAGUCAGGAUACCAAGCAAGUAUGUGACCAAUUUGUCACCCAUCACCUACAAAGUUGCAAAAGGGCUAUAGCAGCAGACAAGAGAUGGAGACUAAAAAUAUACAAAGACGUGUUUACCGGUAACAAAUUGGUUGAUUGGUUGAUAGAGGUUGGUUUGGCUAGGGAUAGAGUCCAAGCUGUACACUACGCGCGCCAUUUGGUGGAGGGGAAAGUUUUAAAACACAUAAAUAGUGUAUAUCACUUUUAUGAUAGACAGCUUCUAUAUACAUUUGUUUAAUAUUUUUUAGUAUCUAAUCAUACUUUUCAGUAUUCAAAGUUACCAUUAUCAUUUUAUUUAAAGAUUCCUAUUUUUAUAUACGAUUGUUAUUUUAUAUUUUCACACAAAAUGUAUGCACAAUUUUUGUGUGAUAUUAUAAAAAUUUAUUCUGUGAUUGUUGGUACAAUGGUACAAUGAAAAAUUGUUGAAAUGUGAGAUUUUGUAUAUAUAAUCAGCCAUUAUAUACCAAAGUCAAAUGAAGAGUCUGAUACGACAAUAUUGAUCUGUUAUUUAUUUUAAAUCUUUAAAUAUAAGUAAAUGCCAAAGA